AUGUGUGCCACCAGCUGCUGGAUGGUCCCUUCAGGGAAUGCCGUGCCCAGUGCUGGGGCCCUAGCGGACAGUGGGAGAGAGGCCCAGCAGGAGGCUGUGUGCACCACCCUGGCCAACGAUGCCCGGGAUUGUGCCAAGCGGCACGUCCGCCUGCGCUGGAGGCAGCCUGGUUUCUGCGAGCUGUGCCCGGGAGGCCAGGUGUAUGCUGACUACGCCUUGGCCUGCCCACCCGGCUGCUCCACGGUAGGCGAGGGGGAGGAGGAGUCCUGCGGGGAAGGCUGUGUGCGCGGCUGUGAAUGCCCGCCCGGCCUCUUCUGGGACUGCGCUCUCUGUGUCCCUGCCACCCGCUGCCCUUGCUACCACCGACGCCAGUGCUAUGACCCCAUGACAUACGUGUGCCAGGACGGCCGCUGGCCCUGCGCGCAGGCGCCGUGCCCCGCCGAGUGCGCGGUGGGCGGGGACUGGCACUGCCUCACCUUCGAUGGGCGGAGCUUCUCCUUCCGCGGCAGUGCAGGUUGCGGCUCCAGCCUGAUGCAGGACUUCGCCCAGGGGCAGCUGCUGAUCUCACUGGAGUGUGGGGCCUGCGACUCUGGGAGCUGCCUCCAUACCAUCUCGGUCUCCCUGUGGGACACCCAUCAGGUGCAGGGUCUGUGUGGUACCUUCACCUGGAACCAGCAGGACGACUUCCUGAGGAGCAUUGCUGCCUUCUCUAACUGCCUGUGCCAUCCUGCAUGGCCCAACCUUCCACAGCAGCCAGCUGGGGACGCUUUUCCUCUACGAACCUGUACGAUGGGGAGUGCCCCGGGCUGGUGGACAGGGAGCCGUUCCACCUGCGCUGCGUGGCCACCAUGUGUGGCUGUGCCCCUGGCAGGGACUGCCUGUGCCCCGUGCUGUGCUGCUCACCACUCUGCGCUGGAGGGUGCCUCAGUUCCCUGGAGGAACCAGACCCACUGUUACGGGCUGCCAGCCCCCAGAAGCCCCAACAGGACAGGGGUUCCCUGUCCAGAAUUCUGCUGCCCGGAUGGCCUCUGCAUCUGUUUCCAGCUGGUGAGGGUGGGGAGUGGGGAGUGCAGGAGGCAGAGCCAUUGUGCCACCCUGACCCGAUGGGAAAGGAACCCUGACCCGUUUCCUCCCCAGUGGAUGGUGAAUGGACCCCUGGUCUCCCUGAUCCCCAUGCUCUGAGCAGUGCCAGGGCACCUGGCAGUGACAGUGCCACCCACCCCAGAAUGGAGACCAGACCUGUGCCUUGCUGCGUGGGGGCCCUCACAGCACCCGCCAGACCCGUGAGUGGAAGGGAGGAGGGCACGGCGGAGGGAGUGUGGGGCGGGCUGCUGUGGGCAGCUUGUCCCUGCCAGUGAUCUGCCCUCACGAUCUCUGGUUGUGCUUUCUCAGGACCACAGCCCCAAUGCCACCUGCUCCGGAGAGCUAGUGUUGCAUCCCUGUGCCCCCUGCCCUCUGACUUGUGAAGACAUCUCUGGUCAGGUGGUAUGCCCUGCUGAGUGGCCCUGCAGCAGUUGAGGGGAGGGGCUGUAACCUGGGGUGUGCUGCGUGUGCCUUUGAGGCUGAGCCCUCUGCAAGGAAGCCUCACUCUGGGCCUUCUCUAGGCUGCUGGUGCCCCGCAGGACAGGUGCUGGGUGGUGACGGGUGGGGUGUGUGGCCAGACAGUGCCCCUGCCUGGUGGACGGCAUCUGCUACUGGCCUGGACAUCACAUCAAGGCUGACUGCCAGCUCUGCCUCUGCCAAGACGGGUGGCCCCAGCACUGCUGGCCCAACCCUGACGGUGCUGGUGAGGUCCCACCCUUAGCGCUGCCUGAGGGAGUCCCUGGUCUCCUCCAAGGCCCCCCAGCCAGGCACCAGCUCCUUACAGUGGCUGCCGUCACCCCCACAAAGCCACUGACUUUCCUGGCACGUGCUAAGCACACAGAGUCCUGGGAUCAGCCACAGCACUAGGCCAGCCCUGAGGGCACGGGGCUCCCUUGAUUGCUAAAUAACAUUGAUUAGAUAUUAUUAAUUAAAUCAAUUAGCCCCUCUCUAGUGUGUCCAUCCUCUUUCUUUUCACCACUUUUCAUUAGAUCAGAUGGCUUAUACAACAAAAAUUGAUUUUCUCACAAUUAUGGAGGC